AUGGUGGUGUUUGUCGACUUGGACGAUCCCUCUGAGCAUCGCGCUUUCUCUGCAGAGAAGCCCUUCCCCCAGCUGAUGGUGCCGGUCGCCACCGCCGACUCCGCUGAACUCCCGCCCUCACCUACCUCCUCGGAUGACGAGCGCGGAGACGCGACGCGCGAAGAACUUGACAAUCCAAACCGCAACGCCUUCUCGGCAGCGUUGAGCUGCUACCCCAUCGUCAAAGAAAUCGCCCGUGGCGUCGAUUUGAAUACCCUCCACGCCUUAUCGCGAACAUGCCGCCAAUUCCACGCGAAUCUAGCGCCAUUCCGCCACCAGCUCGUCCGUGAAACCCUCCGCUGUGAGAAUGAAUACAUCGAGACCGUAGCAGAAAUGCUGGACGGCCGAGCCGUUAUCCCCAACAGCGUCAAAUCCGUUCUACGCCUUCUUAGCCAAGGAAAUGGCGAACCAGGGCGUAUGACGCGCGGCAAAGUGAGCAAAUGCGCACGCGACAUGGUAGGCGAGUGUCGCCGCUGCAACAAGGUCGUAUGCAGAAACUGCACGAUCAAACCGCCUUCUUCAACUACACUUAAAAGUCGAAUCCGUCGUCUUUGUCGAACGUGCGGCACCGCACCGCUCUCCUGCCACCUCUCUCAUACGCACACAGAGCCUACUACCCCAGACCUCUUCAAUGAUGGAUCGAAAUCAGCUGCAUUUGGGGCUUUCGCCCAUACUCCGUGCAACUGCGAUGAUAUUGUCUGGCUUUGUACGCCAUGCGGCCAGACCCUGCGCAGCAAUGACACAACAUACAGACGCGUAUGGGCGUGGCGCACUCGGUACAGCACAUAUCUUGGCGGCGGGCUCGGAACUGGUAUCGGCGAAGGGUCGCAGGGCGUAAAAUGCGGGCGCGGCGAAGGAUGUCUUGCCGCGCAGGAGAUCGAGCUUGAAGUCGAUUGCGAAGCAGAUGAGGGAGCUAGUGAUUCUAGUAGUGCGAAUCACAGUCCGACGGGCCAUCCGCAUCAUGAUCACUUGUCAAAUGAUGUUCAUGAGGAUGAGGAGCCAGGGUAUUUCAGACAGGAGAUCAUUGGACUCGGCGGGAGAGUCAAACACAAGUCGAAGAAGAGGGUUAUGGUAGGUGCUUGUGUGGUCGAGUAUGAGGAUGAACGAGAGACAGGCAAAUAUCUUGUCCGGGAGGAGGAUGGAUUACAUCGUGCGUGGUGUGGGUGGUGUUCUAGGGUCAUCCCUGCGAAAGACGAGGCUCGGGAUUGA